AUAGACAAAGUCCUCAGAGGACUCCGUGUUGGAACCUUGUUCCAUCAAGAUGCUCGUUUAUGGGCUCCGGUCACAGACUCCACUGCUCGUGACAUGGCAGUUGCUGCAAGGGAGAGUUCCAGAAAGCUUCAGGCCUUAUCUUCAGAAGAUAGGAAACAGAUUCUGUAUAGUGUCGCCGAUGCUCUUGAAGCAAAUGAGGAAACAAUCAGAGCUGAGAAUGAAUUAGAUGUAGCUGCUGCACAAGAAGCUGGACUUGAAGAGUCAAUGGUGGCACGCUUAGUUAUGACACCUGCCAAGAUCUUGAGCCUUGCAGCUUCAGUCCGUAAGCUAGCUGAUAUGGAAGAUCCAAUAGGCCGUGUUUUAAAGAAAACUGAGGUGGCAGAGGGUCUUGUUUUAGAGAAGACCUCAUCUCCAUUAGGCGUACUCCUGAUUGUUUUUGAGUCUCGACCUGAUGCACUUGUCCAGAUAGCUUCACUUGCCAUUCGUAGUGGAAACGGUCUUCUACUGAAGGGUGGAAAGGAGGCUCGGCGAUCAAAUGCUAUCUUACACAAGGUGAUCACUGAUGCAAUUCCAGAGACUGUCGGUGGUAAACUCAUCGGACUUGUGACUUCAAGGGAAGAGAUUCCUGAUUUGCUCAAGCUUGAUGAUGUUAUUGAUCUUGUGAUCCCAAGAGGCAGCAACAAGCUUGUUUCCCAGAUAAAAAGUACUACAAAAAUCCCUGUGCUAGGUCAUGCAGAUGGAAUCUGCCAUGUAUACGUCGACAAGGCAUGUAAUCUGGAUAUGGCAAAGCGCAUAGUCUCUGAUUCAAAGUUGGAUUAUCCUGCAGCCUGUAAUGCGAUGGAAACGCUUCUUGUGCAUAAGGAUCUAGAGCAGAAUGCUGUGCUCAAUGAGCUUAUAUUUGUUCUACAGAACAAUGGAGUCACUUUGUAUGGUGGACCAAAGGCAAGUACAAUACUGAACAUACCAGAAGCACGGUCGUUCAAUCAUGAGUACUGUUCCAAGGCUUGCACCGUUGAAGUUGUUGAAGACGUUUAUGCUGCUAUUGAUCACAUUCACCGACAUGGGAGUGCACACACAGACUGCAUUGUGACAGAGGAUCCUGAAGUUGCAGAGCUAUUCCUUCGCCAAGUGGACAGUGCUGCUGUGUUCCACAACGCAAGCACAAGAUUCUCUGAUGGUUUUAGAUUUGGACUUGGUGCUGAGGUGGGAAUAAGCACAGGCAGGAUCCAUGCCCGUGGUCCAGUCGGAGUUGAAGGAUUACUUACAACAAGAUGGAUAAUGCGGGGAAAAGGACAAGUUGUGGAUGGAGACAAUGGGAUUGCUUACACCCAUCAAGACAUUCCCAUCUAAACUUCCAAGACUUUUUCUCUUUGUGUCUGUUUGUGUUGAGACUUGGAAGUGAGGAGAGGAGAGGAUGACCUUUUUGUUUCCUCUCUGCCAAUAUCAUAUCCUAUCGCUAUUGUUAUCGAAACCCUCCCCUUGUGAAGUGGUUUUGAUUUAGGGUUUAGAGUUUGCACCAAAAAUAAGUUUCCGUUUGCUCAUAAGUAAGACGAUGAAUGUUUUUUAUUAGCUUGGUUCUUCUUUGUCCAACAAAAAGAAAAAAAAAACUCGUUGUAAGGGAUACCUACCCUACACCUUUCUGAUUUAUCAAUUUAUCUUUUGAGUUUGAA